GAAGACAUUGGUAUUAUUGGAAAGGAACCAGAGCUGCAUAAUAAUAGAGAGUUGCCCCCCACACACAAAUCAAUCAAGCCAUACGAGGCAUUCUGUAUUUUUUGAUUUUCGAUUCUCUUUUUACCAUUAUUAUUAUUCCUUUCACAGGUAGAUUUGCGAGAUAGGCGUAGAUAUAGGUAGAUAAAAGAUAGAAAUUCUCUAGACAUGCUCACUUCUCAUCAGCUUCCUAGCCAUUUCUUUGCAUUUUCUCCAGGGCAAGGCACUGUUUGGCUUAAAAGAAACAAUCUCACACUCUUGAUGUUCUUCAGAUUCAUCUCUCUUCUUGCGCCCCGAUCCAAAGGCUAGAAUUCGCUGUUUGUUUCUUCAACUGAUCUCGUCUAGUAGUCGCCGCAUCUUGUUGGUUUUUGGAAGACCUGUUCUUGAUCUUGUCUGGGUAGAAUAACAAGAGAUGGUUUUGAGUUCGAAACAAGUUUCUGGAGAUGGGAUUGACUGGGGUCACACCUUGUUGCAGGGUGGUAGUUUGGAGCUGCACAAGCCUCCUAUGAUGAGGAGGCAGCAGCAGCAACAGCAGCAGCAGCAGUUGGAGCCAUUGAAGUGUCCGAGGUGUGAUUCCACAAACACCAAGUUUUGUUAUUUCAAUAAUUACAACAAGUCACAGCCCCGGCAUUUCUGCAAAUCUUGCAAGAGGCACUGGACGAAAGGAGGAACUCUCCGCAACGUUCCUGUUGGUGGUGGCCGCAAGAAUAAGAGGCCCAAGACAUCUGCCACUGCAACCGCUGCGGCGGCCACCCCCACCGUGACCUCCUCCCCGGCCACCCCCACCACUAGCAGUAUCACCAAUAGGAGUAAUAUCAACAUGGGAAUUCAAACCCAGCAACAGCGGAAGAGCAGUCUUGCACUCGGUGAUCAUGAGAAGAGUAGUCUCUCAGAUAUUCUCUAUCAGGCCUUUAUUCGUCCACCACUUUCUGUGAUGCAACAGAAUUCAAUCGGCAGCAGCAAUGGGAUGUCUAUGGCUUCAAUUCCAUCUCUACCUCCAAAUCAAAACCUACACUUCCCCUUUCGAAGCUUGAGCUCUUUUGACACCAGUCCUUCUUCGAUUCCAAGCUCUUUUCAGCCCUCAAAUGUCUAUAAUUACACUGGAGAAGCCGAAGCAAAGGAUGGAUCAACCACGGCCUGCUUCAUGCCCAGCACAAGCGGAACCAUCACUCAGCCAUGGCAAAUGCCAGCAGCAAGUAGCGUGGUGGACACGACCAACUACUGGAGUUGGGAUGACAUAGAUACAUUUGUGUCCACUGACCUCAACAUACCAUGGGAUGAUUCUGAGAUGAAACCAUAAAGCAAAUUUAAUGUUAUUAGGAAUGUCUAUAGCAAUCUCUGUGAAUUGGGUGUUUGUGUUUGAUGAAGGUUCGUCUCAUUUUCUACUGUCCUAGUCCAGUACAUGUAGUUUUGUUUUCAUUGAUAAUUUCCAUAACUGAUCUCUUUGCCUAUAA